AUGAAACACGGGAUUGCAAUCGGGAAGGUAUCUGCGGCCAGCGGGGUGAAAGUGCCUACCAUUCGCUACUACGAGCAGAUCGGACUUCUAGCAGCACCGCCGCGCACGGGGGGCGGACGACGAAGCUAUGACCGCAAAGACAUAGAACGGCUGAUUUUCAUUCGCCAUUCGCGAGAGCUCGGAUUCGACAUAGACGAGAUCAAGACAUUGCUGGCACUGCAGGAUUCGCCCGAUCAGUCCUGCGAAGAGGCCGAUGCGAUUGCCAAUAUCCAUCUCGUCGAGGUCAAGAAGAAGAUCGUCAGCCUCACCGCUCUGCAGCAUGAACUGGAGCGCAUGGUUGCAGGAUCCUCCCACGGUCGGGUCGAGAUCUGCAGGGUCAUCGAAAUCCUGGCCGAUCACGGUAAUUGCCAAUACCACGGAGAGACGCUAAGCAUUGGCGCGAUCAACUAUGUCGACGAACCCGCACUAACCACGCGUUCUGCGGACGGAAAUGAACCCGGAUCGCGAGAACUGAGUGGCGCCUGGUUGGCCGGCACGGUCCUGACGGGUCUCACAUCGGUUCUUCUGAUGGGUGCUGCGCUUUAUGUUUCAUUCGCGGACAUCGCGAGCUACUCGACAGCCUACAAAUCGCUUGCAGUUGAGCGGCGAACAGCGCCCGCAGCCGCAGAAGGCAAGACAAGCCGGGCUCGUCCCUUGCUGGAGACCCGUUCCGACCGCGAGAUUGUCGUUGCUAGCGUACUGGCUAGUGACGGUGGUUCGGGCAUGAUCCGCAAUGCCUCAUUCGUGCGUGUCUCCGCAACCCUGGCCACCUCCCAGACCGCCCUGACGGAUGAUAUCGUCGUAUAUUCUCCUGAGACUUACAUCGAGGCAUUGCCCGAGGACGACUUCUCUCAGGUAGCGCAACAGAUCAGCACGGACAUUGUUGGGGCGCCUUCGGCAGAGGUGAGCAUCACCUACACGACGCUGCCGUCAGGCUAUGUGCCUAGGCCGACUAUAAGUGAUGCCCUGGCCGCUGCUCACGUAGGAUCGCUGACAUCGCCCGACUAUGCGGCCCCAGACGUGGCGCUCGCAUAUUUUGGGGCCGACGCAUCAUUGAGCGCCGGUACCCCACUCGUAGGGGUGGCUGAAAACGUAACCGUCGUGCCCAAAACGGCGGCCACCGGAGGCAAUCGAGCGGUGUCCGAACGCGUCAUCAAGCUCGACGCCGAUGCUCCGCUGCUUGACACCCUGGUUGCGAACGGCUUCACGCGGAACUCGGCCGCAGAUGUGCAGGAGAUGAUCCAAAACCUCUAUCGUCUCUCAACGCUUGAGGCCGGAUCGCGCCUACGUAUCCUUCUCGGUCCAUCAAGCAGUGGCGCUGGCCUCGUCCCUUACCGGAUGAGCAUUUAUCGGCACGAGGUCGCGUCCAAUAGCGACAGGCAUGCAGUUACUGUCGCUUUGACCGACAUGGGCCGCUACGUCGUGGCGUUACCGCCGCCGGACAUCCCCUUCUCAGAGGAGAGCACAGAGCAGAUCGAUGUGGCCAACCUGCCCAGCAUUUAUCAAUCGAUCUGGGAGACAGGCCGCCGCAAUAGCGUUGCCGACGAAGUCAUUGCGCAGGUUGUGGCUCUCGUUGCCUAUGAUGCAGACCUGACACGUCGCGUGCAGCCGGGAGAUGGUAUCGAACUGCUGACUGCUGCGCCGGAAGACGAACUGGUCGAACAACUGCUCUAUGUGGCGAUCUCUCUGGGCAAUACCGAGCGCCGUUUCUAUCGCUAUGUCGAACCGGACGGCACAGUCGCCUUUUUUGACGAGCAGGGAGAGAGCGGCAAGCGCUUCCUGUUGCGCCGCCCACUGGAGGGUGGCGGCCGUCUCACCUCUGCAAUGGGGACACGCAUCGAUCCGUUCAACGGGGGAAAUGCCGACCAUCAGGGGACGGAUUUCGCCGCCCCACGCGGCACGCCGAUCUACGCCGCCGCCGAUGGUGUCAUCGACAUGGCUCAAUGGUUUUCAGGCUACGGUCGGUACGUUCAGAUCAAGCAUCUGAACGGGUAUCAGACCGCCUAUGCGCAUAUGAACGCGAUCGCCGACGGCAUCACUCCCGGGACCCGCGUCCGACAGGGUCAGGUCAUCGGCUAUGUGGGCUCGACCGGGCGAUCCACAGGCAAUCAUUUGCACUUCGAGCUGGAGAUCAACGGCCGGAUCGCCGAUCCACUGGAGAUCAAGCUGCCUCGGACACGGACGUUAACGUCUCAGUACAUGGACGAUUUGCGGCAAACUGUAGAGCAGGUCCAAACUAUCAUGGAAAUGCCGGCAAGCAGCCAGAUAUUUCAUGCAGCUAUAUGA